CUGACUCCCGGGGAAAAUCCACCGCCGUGUCUUGGCUGCGCCGCGGCGGCGGCCCCGCUCCGCUCCGCACCGAUCCGCACCGAUCCGCGCCGCUCCGCGCCCAUCCGCGCUGCACUGCGGGGCCGCCGCCACUCGCAUGCUGCCGCCCGCCGCGCUCCCACGCGCGGGGCGCCGGCCCGGGCCGCGCCGGGACCAGCCGAGCCGGGACCAGCCGAGCCCAACCGAGCCGCUCCGGUACCAACCGGGCCGGGAGCAGCCGGGCCGGGCCGUCGGGGAGCCGCCCGACAGCGGCCGGAGGAUGUAGGCGGCGGGAGCGGGAGCCUGCUGCCCCCGGAGACCCAGCGUGGAGGAGCCGCUGCCAGCCGGGGCCAUGAGGACAGCAUCCCCCUGAGCGCUGGGUGAUGAGCCCGCAGGGACUACCCUGCAGGAUGCCGAGGCUAUGGGGCGGGUGCUGACACCAUGAAGGGCUACCAUGGGGAGCGUAGCCAGGCACAGCCCUCCUCCGGCCACCGCUGCCGCUGCAUCCCAGAGGACUGCGAGCAUCCCGCCGACUACGUCCAGCACGGCCCCGAGGGCCGGCCGCCAUACCUCCUCAGCCCCAGUGAGCCGUGUUCCCUGGAGCAUCCCUACUGCCCGGUGCGGAGCCCCGGCGCGGCCAGCGAGUGCCCGGGUGGGCCCCUGAGCGAGCCGCCCUCCGCCAGCGCCAGCAGCACCUUCCCGAGGAUGCACCACGCGCAGCAGCCCUACGACUCCUGCGACGAAUGCAUGGCGACCGCCCACCCCGCCAGCAAGAUCAACCGCCUGCCCCCCACGCUGCUGGACCAGUUUGAGAAGCAGCUGCCACUGCACCACGACGGCUUCCACACGCUGCAGUACCCACGGGCCGGCGGCGCCGAGCCCCGCAGCGAGAGCCCCAGCCGCAUCCGCCACCUCGUCCACUCCGUCCAGAAGCUCUUCGCCAAGUCCCACUCCCUGGAGGCGCCGGCCAAGCGGGACUACAACGGUGCCAAGAUGGACGGCCGCGGGGACGGCUACCACCACCACCACCACCACCACCAUCACCACCACCAGUCCCGCCACGGCAAGCGCAGCAAGAGCAAGGAUCGCAAGGUGGACUCCCGGCACCGGUCCAAGAUGAUGGGCUGGUGGAGCUCCGAUGACAACCUGGACAGCGACAGCAGCUACAUGGUGUCCGGGCGACACGCCACCGACCAGGGCACUCAGUACUGUGUGGACGCUCCCGAAAGUGCCUUCAGAGACUUGACCUUGAAGAGUCUAAAGGGUGGCGGGGAAGGAAAAUGCCUGGCCUGCGCCGGUAUGUCCAUGUCUCUGGACGGCCAGACGCUCAAGAGGAGCGCCUGGCAUACCAUGACUGUCAGCCAGGCCCGCGAAGCCUACCCCAGCACCGGAGGCACCGAGAAGACCUUGAUGCUUCAGGAGGCAAAGGCCAAAGACCGAGCGUACCAGUACCUGCAGGUGCCGCAGGACGAGUGGAGCGGGUACCCAGCGGUGGGCAAGGAUGGGGAGAUCCCCUGCCGGCGGAUGCGCAGCGGCAGCUACAUCAAGGCUAUGGGUGAUGAGGACAGCGCCGACUCGGACGCCAGCGCCAAAGUAUCACCCAGGGCGGCCACGCGGCGAGACAGCUACCGCCGCUCCUCCAGCGCUGACCAGGCCAGGACCAAGUUUGCAAGUAGGCACUAUUCUGAUUCAUAUAUCUGUAACUGUCCCAGCUGCUGCACGCCACCGCGAAUGCUCCCGCGGGGACAGGGCUACGGGCGCUCCUUCACCACCGGCCAGAUCAACGACGAGCUCAACCACCAGUUCGAGGCCGUCUGCGAGUCGGUUUUCGGCGAGGUGGAGUCGCAGGCUGUGGAGGCGCUGGACCUGCCCGGCUGCUUCCGCAUGCGGAGCCACAGCUACCUGCGGGCCAUCCAGGCGGGCUGCUCCCAGGACGACGACUGCCUCUCGCUCUUCUCCAUGUCGGCCCCUGCCGGGCCGCCCAUCACCAGCAGCAUCCUGAAGCCCAACACUUCCUUCAGUUACAGAAAAGCUCCACCUCCCAUCCCUCCAGGAACCAAAGCCAAACCCCUCAUCUCCGUCACGGCGCAGAGCAGCACCGAGUCCACCCAUGAGAGCUACCUGCCUGGCGAGGUUGCCCGCAGCCCCACCUGGUCCAAAGACGCCGCGACCCGCUGCAACUCGGCCGAGAGCCUGGAGAGCUCCAAGGUGACGGCCGUGGCCCUCGACCUGCCUCCUGUCCAGCCCCGCGCCGCUCCCAAGCCCUCCACGCUCAUCAUCAAGGCCAUCCCCGGCCGGGAGGAGCUGAGGAGCUUGGCUCGGCAGCGGAAGUGGCGCCCCUCCAUUGGCAUCCAGGUCGAGGCCAUCUCUGACUCGGACACGGAGAGCCGGAGCCAGAGGGAGUUCCACUCCAUCGGGGUGCAGGUGGAAGAGGACAAAAGGCGAGCACGCUUCAAGCGCUCCAACAGCGUGACGGCAGGCGUGCAGGCAGACCUGGAGCUGGAGGGCUUCGCUGGCCUGGCCGUGGCCACCGAGGACAAAGCCCUGCAGUUCGGGCGCCCCUUCCAGCGGCACUCCUCAGAGCCGGAGUCCGGCCGGCAGUACGCGGUGUACAAGACGGUGCACACGCAGGGGCAGUGGGCGUACCGGGAGGACUACCAGCUGCAGUACGACACGGUGGAGGUGCCCCGGCGGGAUGCCUGGAUGGAGCGGGGCUCCCGCAGCCUCCCCGACUCCGGCCGUGCCUCCCCCUGCCACCGCGACGGGGAAUGGUUCAUCAAACUGCUGCAGGCGGAGGUGGAGAAGAUGGAGGGCUGGUGCCAGCAGAUGGAGAGGGAGGCCGAGGACUAUGACCUGCCGGAGGAGAUCCUGGAGAAGAUCCGGAGCGCCGUGGGCAGCGCCCAGCUCCUCAUGUCCCAGAAGGUGCAGCAGUUUUACCGCCUCUGCCAGCAGAACAUGGAUCCCAACGCGUUCCCUGUGCCCACCUUCCAAGACCUGGCCGGCUUUUGGGACCUCCUGCAGCUCUCCAUCGAGGACGUCAGCAUGAAGUUCGCGGAGCUCCAGCAGCUCAAGGCCAACGGGUGGAAGAUCGUGGAGCCUAAGGAGGAGAAGAAGGUGCCUCCCCCGAUACCAAAGAAGCCGCCGCGCUCCAAGGUGCACCCGGUGAAGGAGCGCUCCCUGGACUCAGUGGACCGGCAGCGGCAGGAGGCCCGCAAGCGGCUCCUGGCAGCCAAGCGAGCUGCCUCCUUCCGCCAGAGCUCUGCCACCGAGAGUGCGGACAGCAUCGAGAUCUACAUCCCCGAGGCGCAGACCCGGCUGUGACCGCAGCCUCCGCUUUUCUACCCGGACUGGAUGGCGCGGCCGUAGCUCACUGUGAUGGGGGGCCGCGGGGACACCCUGGGGCAGCUCUUGGCCCCACUCACAGCUUCUCUCUUUUCUAUCUUAGACCUUUCGUGGAUCCGACGGCGGGUGAACACAAGCCCGGUUCUGCCCCGUCCCGUUGCCCCCCGCCCGCAUGCCCCUGCCAGCCUCUCCCGGGGUCCGGGGCUCUCCCUCCCUCUGCCCUCCCUGGGGCUGUGUCCCAGCUCUCUGUCCUCUUCCCGCUCCCCCCAGCCCUUCUGCACCCCCCCCCCCCCCAGCCCACAUCCCACCUGAAAGAGAGGUGUCCCUCAGCCCCCCGGCUCUGCCAGGCUGGAGGGGAGGGGGCUGCAGGCAGGCCCCCUGCCCCUCUGUACUCAGUGCAAUCCCCCAGCGCGGGGCAGGGACGGGCCCCCCGGCCCCCACCCAGCCAGAGCCCCCCCAGCUCUGCUCCCCAGCCCUGCUGGCACGAGGCUUCGGGACAUGGCGGGGACAAGGGGCUCCCCCACGCCCCACGCUGCCCCCGCCUGCCUCCUGCUUGGGUGCUGCGGGGGUCCCAGGGCUCCUUCCCCUAUAUACAUAUAUAAAUAUAACCUGAGGAAUAAACCAGAAACUACACGUGACCAGAGCUGUGUUCUGGCUGGUGGGGUGGACCAGAGCAGCAGAAACCCCCGGUCACGGCAAACCACCCCGCUUCCCUUGCACGGAGCAUCGCGAUGCGCUUCUCCCCUUCCCGCUCAGCCCUCUUCCCCCAUCAGCCUGUCUGCCCGUCCGUCCGUCCGUCCAUCCGUCCCUCCUGCCAGCCUGGAGUCCGGGAGCCCCUCUGCAGCAUGGCACCAGCGGGGACGGGGGAGAUGGUCCCCCCACGCCUCGCCGCCGGUGGGAGCCGCUUCCCUCAUGUGCGAGCGAGGUGGCAGUGGCGGGGAGACCUGCCCGCAGCCUGUUUGCACCCACGGUGCUGGUGACUCUGCCCCAGGCCGGGCUCAGUGCCGGUGGGUGGGAUGAGAGCGUGGACGUGGCUGGCGGCCACCCCUUGAGUGUGGGGCUGCUAGAGAUCACCCGGGGGGGUCGCCCCUUCUCCCCGAGCUCCCGGUGCCCCGCAGGAAUGGGACACCCCGGGAUGGGGCUGUCGUGUGCCUGGUGCCCCGCGGGGCCAAGGGACACCCCGGGAUGCUGCUGCUCCCAGCUCCCCCAUCGCUGCGCACAGACCCGGGAGCGGGGCAGGGGGGUCCCCAAAGAUCCCCUCUGGGGCAGAGCAGCGUGGUAGGGCAGGAGGCUGCAUCUGCCCCAUCCCUGUCCCCAUCACUGUCCCCACCCCUGGUCCCUCUCCGAGCAUCCUGUCUCCCCCAGUGUCCCUUUCGGUGGCAGAAAGGGGGAGGACCCCCUCCCCGUCCCCCACCCCGUCACGCCAGCAGCCCCACGCAGCAUCACCAGCCGCCCCCAGGCAGAGCCAGUGGGUGCCGGGCAGCUCCUGAAAUCCAGGGCCAAGCCUUGCCUGGGGCAGCGGGAUCGGAGGCAGCUGGGGGGGCCCAGCUCGCGCCCCCCACGUAGCAGGAGAGCCAGGGCCUGGCGGUGGGAUGCCUUGUCGGGGGUCCCUCGUCCCGGGGGUCUGUCGGUGCUAAACACCUCCGGGACGGCAGCGCCCGCUCAGCCACCUGAAGCCCUUUCCCACCCCACUCCCCCCCGCACCCCGGAUUUAGGGAUGUGCCUGGGAAGGGCCCCCCCGGCCCCCACCCCGGCCAGCGCCGUGCAGUGACCGUGACACGUGGCUCCCUUUUUAUUGUAACGAACCGCCGCAAUUAAUAAAGACGACUUUGGUUA